UGAAGGCUUCUUCCCCUUUCUCGUGCACCCUAGUAAUGCCGGCAGGGCAAGUCAGUACUUCAGUCCACCCACCCAUCUCCCAUUUCUCAACCCAACCAGCAAAGAGCAAACCAGACAAGCAGCCCAACCCCCGCACCUCAGGCCCAGGCAGACUCGUCGAUCGCGGCGAGAGCACGAGAUGGCGAUGCGGACCGCGCUGACCUCCCUCCCCGCGCGCCUGCGCGCCCCCGCGGCCCCCUCCUCGGCGGCGGCGACCGGCGGCGGCCUGCGCCUCCUCAGCGACGGGAAGGGCCGCGUGCUCAGCGAGGAGGAGCGCGCCAAGGAGACCGUCUACAUCCAGAAGAUGGAGAAGGAGCGGCAGGAGAAGCUCAAGAAGCAGCUCGAGCAGGAGAAGCCCGGCGCCGACAAGGCCAAGCCCGCCGACGCCGACAAGAAGGCCGAGGGAUCUACCUAGGAUUGAAAUGGCGCUGAUGGAAGGCAAUCCUGUUUCGCAUGCAUCCGAUGGACAGCUUUGUUUGUACAUGUCCAGCGAUGGAAGAAUAAAUUCUGUAAAACGUUAAUGGCACUGGAUAUGCUGUGUUUUCGGUUGGUUGCAUGUUGAAGACGACAUUCAUAUUUUGAGACUGCUGCUGUUGAACCUUGCACC